AUGCAACUUUCACAAAUCCUUGGUGCUCUCUUGUUGGGGAUUUCAUUGGCAGCAGCAAGUACCGAAAUAUGCCAAGAACUAAAGGGUAAAAGCUGCUCUAUUUUAACAUGUAUACCUGGGAAGAACGGAUUACCAGGCAAAGAAGGGAAAGAAGGAGAAAAAGGAGAGAGAGGACCACAAGGAGCAGUUGGUCCACAGGGACCUCCAGGAAUUUCCAGACCACCAGGCUCAAAAGGAGAACAGGGACCACAAGGCCAAAGAGGAGAGAAGGGUGACAGCGGAGAAUCAGCACUUGAAGCCCUCAAACAACAAGUUGCUGUUUUGGAUAGAAGGCUGAGCAGUUUACAGGCAACCACAGACAUACAAAAGAAAGCUAUACUGUUUUCAAGAGGUACAAGUGCUGGAGACAAACUUUUUUUUACAAAUGGUGUAGAAACCAACUAUGAUGCAGCAACAUCAACUUGCAACAAAGCUGGGGGUCAGCUGGCUUCACCACAAAAUCCUAAUGAGAACCAAGCUGUAGAAGCAAUCGUAUCACAAUAUAACAAGCCAGCAUGCCUGGGUAUAAAUGAUUUACAGACAGAAGGCAGCUUUAGGUACCCAAAUGCUAAAUCUAUUGGCUAUAAUAACUGGUCAACCGGUGAGCCCAACAAUGAAUAUGGGGUAGAAGACUGUGUGGAAAUGUUUACAAAUGGUAAAUGGAAUGAUAAGAGCUGUAAAGAAAAGUGCUUGACCAUAUGUGAAUUCUCAGUUUAAAUGAAGUUACUGAUAAAUAAGUUGAUUUUAUCAGCACUAUAUUAAGGGCUACAUUGCUCAUGUUUCUAUAAUUCUUGUAUAUUGGGAAUGAACACGUGAAUCCAAUUUAUGCUGAGAGUAAUGUUUUUGUGAUAAAGGUCUAUUAUCUUUGAACUAAACUUUAGAUUCCACUUACUAUAUCUGAAAUCAGGUGCUGUAUUUCCAAAAUUUCUAAUAAUUAUUUGCCAGUGUCUCAUGCCCUCUACAUAUAGAACAACAUUUAUUUCAAUAUCUUUUAUUGUUUCCUACAUAUUUUUUAAGAAAAUAAUAUAAAAAUAUAUUCUUUUCUUAACAGUAUACAAAUCAUAUUAUCAAUUGCAAUCAAUUUUAAUAUAAUACAACAUCGAAUUAAAAAUCCUUGAAUGCACAAGAA